CCGGCCCGGCCCGGCCCGGCCCGGCCCGGCGCCUCCUGCUGCCGCCGCGGGAGCGCGGGGCUGCCGGAGACUACGCGGAGCCAGGCGGUGUCGCUGCCGCAGGUCGGAGUAACGGACAGAAUCUAGAAGAAGGAGGUACUUUCACAAAUAUGGAAGAGGAUACCAAACCUCUCCUGGUUCCUGUGGGAGGCGAUGAAAGCAGUUAUGGCAUCAUGAAUAUACAGUUUAAUCCCGAAGACUUUAGGUGCAAAAGACCAUUUCAUGUGGAGCCUACAAAUAUAGUCAGUGUGAAUGAUGACAUGCAGAGAGCCACUGAUGAAGCUUCAGCGAUGAAUAAGCGGAUUCAUUACUAUGGCAGGCUCACAUCUCCUGCAGACAGGGCAUUGAUUGCGCCUGAUCAUGUACUUCCAGCUCCUGAUGAAAUCUACGUGUACAGUCCGCUAGGAACUGCUUUUAAAGUUGACAGUUGCACAGAUGGCUAUGGUAAAAACUCCAGUAUAGUGACAAUAUUUAUGAUAUGGAACACAAUGAUGGGUACAUCUAUCUUAAGUAUCCCAUGGGGAAUAAAACAGGCAGGCUUUACUUCUGGAAUCAUUCUCAUCUUACUGAUGGGCAUUUUGACUCUUUAUUGCUGCUACAGAGUUGUGAAAUCGCGGAAAAUGAUACCUUUAAUAGAUACCUCAAACUGGGAAUUCCCAGAUGUUUGCAAGUAUUACUUUGGAUCCUUUGGUCAGUGGUCAAGCCUCUUAUUUUCUAUGGUAUCGCUUGUUGGAGCCAUGGUUGUUUAUUGGGUGCUUAUGUCCAACUUUCUGUUCAACACAGGAAAGUUUAUAUACAACUUUGUUCAUGACAUUAAUGUAACAGAUAUUGUUCCUGGCACGAAUGGAAGUAAUAAAGUGAUUUGUCCAAGUGCUGCUAGUGGUCACCCACCACAGAACAGGAGUGUGGUGUUCUCUUCUGGCAAUGAUACAGGUUUUGAACUCUUUGAGAAGUGGUGGAACAAAUCACAGACAGUACCAUUCUACCUGAUUGCUAUUCUUCUACCCCUGCUAAAUCUAAAGUCUCCAUCCUUCUUUGCAAAGUUUAAUGUCCUAGGUACAGUUUCAGUUGUCUACUUAGUUUUUCUGGUUACUGUAAAGGCUGCUCGUCUGGGAAUCCACUUAGAAUACAACUGGUUUACAGAGAAUGAUUUUUUUGUACCAGAGUUUAGAAUUCAGUUCCCUCAGCUGACAGGGGUUCUGACACUUGCCUUCUUCAUCCACAAUUGUGUCAUCACACUUCUUCAAAAUAACAGGAAUCAAGAAAACAAUGUGAGAGACCUCUCUAUUGCAUACUUCCUGGUGGGAUUAACGUAUCUGUAUGUCGGGGUGAUAAUUUUUGCUUCUUUUCCUUCACCACCGCUAUCCAAAGAAUGUAUUGAACAGAAUUUUCUAGAUAACUUUCCCAGUGAUGACAUCAUGUCAUUUGUUGCAAGAAUAUUCCUGCUGUUCCAGAUGAUGACUGUAUACCCACUGUUGGGCUAUCUGGCAAGAGUUCAGCUGUUAAGACAGUUUUUUGGAAAUGCUUACCCAAGAUGUUAAAGAAGCUGAUGGACAGAAACCACUUGGCUUUCCUUAAAGGUUGUCCUCCCUUUACUCCAUGGUAGCCCAGCAGACCUGCCAGUUCUCCCACAGAUACGUGUCUUCUGAUGCAAUUAAAUAGAUUUCUGCUGUUUGCAUGGGCCUUUAGUUAUCUGCUCUUCACCUAGCUUCUGUCUUGCUUCUUAACUGCUCUAAUUCAUAGUCUUUUGCCCGAUGUCGCUCGAGUGAGAUUUCCAGGAAGAAAAUGCAUUUUUAGACAGAGUAACCUUUCAAAAAUUCUUACUUAAUAAAUGAUCCUGUUUUGCUUUUCUCCUUGCUUUCCUGUUUCCCUUACUGUGUGUGACUCCAUGCUGAGUCCAGCACUUCUAAUUUCCUUGCAUCUGACCUGAGGAGAUUUACAAUCAUUUUCUUUCUUUAAACGUCUCCUGUCCUAGGGUUUGGUUUCACAGUUUUCAAUAGGAUUCUUACUUUGAGGAUGCUGAAGUUAAUUUGAUAUACGUGGUCACUGUUGUUCAGUGGCUUAACUUUAACUGUCACUUCCACAGGACAGAAGUUCAUAGAGCAAGCCUUGUAAUGAUCUUCUGGCAUACCAGGUUGUUUCUUGACUCUGUCAGUCUGAAAAGUUAACUUUGCAAUGGGGUAAAAAAGAGACUUAGAGGAGAGCUUGAUUGUUUUUCUCUCCUCUUUACUAUGGUUUUUGUGGGGUUGCUGGAUUUUUGCAGUUGAGCAGUGAUUCCUUUUAUAGAAAAGAGCUAGGGUCUCUUCCUCUGCCCAACUGAGAAUAUUGAGACUGAGGACAGAAUAUAGAAGACGGUGUGCCACAUGCUGCACUUGGAUUGUAGGGGUGUGCAUCUUUUGUGAAUUACAGCCUCCUUGAGGCAAUCCAACCUGUGCCUCAGAGCACCAAACCUCAUCAGGCUGCCCAGACAGGCAGUCCAGCCCUGGCAUGGGCCACCCAACUCUGCUGCCAGUGACCAUGAGGAAGAAAGUUACGCUGCUUAGAAAACAGCUGUGUGCAAACAGGGAGGUUAGGUAAAAAGGGCCCAAAUCUUCCCUGAUCUCUAAUAUCAUCUAAAUACUUUUCUUCCUACAGUCAUAAUAAGUAGAUAUGGUUAUGCCUCCAAAAUACUGUUUUUUAACUGCCCUUUUGCAAUGUGUGUUGAGCAUUAAUUGUGCCGUAAGCCAGUGUCAGGCUAAAACUGAGCAAUUUAAAACUUGUUAAAAUGUCUUGGGCUAUGGGAAAGGCCUGUCUCUACUGCAGCACACAUGCAUGAAACGUACAGUCUUAUGAAAAAUACUGUCUCAAAUAUUACAGCUACCAGUAGCCCUAGAUACCAGAUUCUUCUUAUUUGGAAGGAUAGUUUUGAUAAAUGAUAAUGCCAUUCUCUCCAUUAAGAAUGAGGCUUUUUCUGCCUUGAAGCUCAGAUUAUCUAUGAAUAUCUGCAUAGGUAAAAGAAAUGGUUUGCAGGUUCAACACCUGUUGUCCAAUAACAUGGCUACAACUUGGGCUGUUU